UGUUCCAGUCGACCACUUUUCAAAGUGACACAAAACAACUUGAGGAGCACAGUGAUGUGCGCACAGACUUUACAGCUCUGCCUUAAAGUAGAAACUGCUGUAGUUUAGUAUCCAUGCCGAGUGUCGGUGUGAGCUGUACAUUAAUACAAACUUCACUUGUUAGUUGGCUGAAGUUCACUGUUCGCUGCUGACUUUGUUUUGUGUCGUUAGGCUAACGCCAAGUUAGCUAGGAUGCUAAUAUGAUGCUAAACCCAUCAACCGGUUUACCAGAUGACCGCGAACCCAUGUACAGCCGGUCGCAGAACAGCGUGUACAAAACUGGCGAUAAAACCAGCCCCAUUAGCGUCAUACUGGUGAGCUCCGGCAGCCGAGGGAACAAGCUCCUCUUCCGGUACCCUUUCCAGAGAGCGGCCCAGUGUCCGUCAUCUCUCACAGCUAAACAGCGGAGUCCGUAUGCACUGAACACAACUGGGGAUGGUCUUGAAGAUCAGGAUGGCGACUCGAGGGAACAAUCUCCACUAACUGAUGAACAGUUGGUAGCAGGGUUCUCUGACAUCAUACUCGCCACCAUCCUGGCCACCAAAUCCGACAUGUGUGGAAAGAAGUUUGAACUGAAGAUAGACAAUGUUCGGUUUGUGGGUCACCCAACUCUCCUCCAGCAUCCACCCAUCAUUCAGGUUUCUAAAACAGAUCCUUCACCAAAGAGAGAGAUGCCCACGAUGAUCUUGUUUAAUGUGGUUUUUGCACUAAGGGCAAACGCCGACCCCUCCGUCAUCAGCUGCAUGCACAACCUGUCGCGCCGAAUCGCCAUCGCUCUGCAGCACGAGGAGCGGCGCUGCCAGUACCUGACCAGAGAGGCCAAACUGAUGCUGGCUGUCCAGGAUGAGAUCACUACCACGACUGAGACAGCGGAUGGAAGCCCCCAGUCCCCAUUUAGACAAAUUCUUCCUAAAUGUAAACUAGCCAGGGUCCUGAGGGAGGCAUAUGACAGCCUUUGUACAACUGGUGUUGUACGACUACAUAUUAACAACUGGCUGGAGGUGAGUUUCUGUUUACCCCACAAGAUCCACAGGAUUGGUGGCAACCACAUACCCCCAGAGGCAUUAGAGUGCAGCCUUAAGGCCAUAAGACCGUAUCACGCUCUGUUGCUACUGGAAAGUGAGAAGGCUCUACUCAGUCAGCUUCCUCUGGACUGCUCGCCUGCAAUGGUCCGUCUCAUCAAGACCUGCUCAGCGGUGAAAAACCUGCAGCAGCUCGCCCAGGACGCUGACCUGGCCUUACUCCAGAUCUUUCAAAUCGCUGCACACUUGGUUUACUGGGGCAAGGCAAUCAUCAUCUAUCCACUGUGCGAGAACAACGUGUACAUGCUGUCUCCCCAUGCCAACAUCUGCCUAUACUCACCGCUGGCUGAGCACUUUGCUCAGCAGUUUCCUGGUCAUGAUCUUCCAACCAUGUUAGCCAAGUUCUCACUACCUGUCUCACUGGCUGAGUUCCGAAACCCCCUGGAGGCUCCUGCACAGGAGGCCCAGCUGAUCCAAAUGGUGGUGUGGAUGCUUCAGCGCCGCCUGAUGAUCCAGCUGCACACUUAUGUCUGCCUGCUGGUACCGCCGAGUGAGGACGAGCCUGGGCUGAGGGAAGAAGACCCUCCACUGGCCGCCAGAGUAGGAGGCCGAAGUCUCAGCACCCCUAGUGCUCUCAGCUUCGGUUCCCCAACCAGCAGCGAUGAUAUGACCCUCACCAGUCCCAGUAUGGACAACUCCAGUGCAGAGUUGCUGCCUGGUGGAGACUCUCCACUAAAUAAAAGGAUGACGGAGACGCUGCUGGCCAGCCUGUCAGAGCAUGAGAGGCAGGUUAUUCUUAACAUCCCUGCAGCACAAAACCCAGAGGAUCUACGGAUGUUUGCCAGGUAA